AGACUUUGCGGGUGUUGGCCAUCACUUUUGACUCUCGACUUUCCGCGGUCACACCACGUCAUUUCGGCACGCUGCGACCACUCUGCACAGCCGAAACCUUAUAGCGUAGUAAUAUCGUUAUUUCAUCGCAAUAACACAUAUUUCAUCGUACCGGAGAGUCCAGAGAACUCCUCGUCCACGACCUCCUCCGCGCACAAGACAUCGUACAUUGCGUAUAAUAUCGUACCCCGACCGUUUCCGGAUCGCCGCACAGACGAUCACUGCAGCGAAUAACGAUAUAAUAUUUUCAUAUAUAUAUAUAUUAUUACAUCGGUCCCGUCGCCACGUCGUCUCCCGUCGCCACCAUGCGCACCCUGUUGCUGUUGGCCGUGUUCAUGUUGUGCGCUUGCAUCGCAGUCGGCCAGGUGAACUUCACGCCGACGUGGGGCCAGGGCAAGAGGAACGCGCCCGCUUCGGACGAGUGCAAGUCCAUGGACACGCUCAUCUACAUCUACAAGCUGGUGCAGAACGAAGCGCAGCGGAUUGCGAUGUGCGAACGCAUGUCCAUCACGUCUUGAACAACCACCGGUUGCGAGAGAUGACCGCCACCAUUACACCGUACGCCAGCCAUAGAUGAAUAACAACACGGGACUAUACCUUAUACCACGACACUCUGCCAGCUGCAGUGUUACAUUUUUACUUUUAGCCACAUCACUAAGAUGGUCAUAAU